CCAUUGAGACGUGUGGGACAACCAUUAGAUAUCGCCAAAGGAGUGAUAUUCCUGGCCUCAAGUGAUGCCUCAUUCAUAACCGGCGCUAAUCUGGUGGUCGAUGGCGGGGAGGUCUUCGCCAUAGACUUGAGAGCAGUCGUCGAACUGAUCCACGAAUCGGUUCCACAUUUGGAGAAAACUAACGGCACUAUCAUUGAUAUCUCAAGUAAUUUAGGCAUAGCUCCGUACAAACCAAGUCUGGCCUACGGAACGGCAAAAGCGGCCUUAGAUAUGGUGACUCGAGUACUGGCCCUCGAAUUGGGACCGAAAGGCAUUCGUGUCAAUACAUUGAAUCCGGGUUCAACACAAACCACUGAUAAGUUGGACCCUAUAUAUGAAAAGGCAGAGGAUUUCACACCACUUAAGCGAUUGGGACAACCAUUAGAUAUCGCCAAAGCCGUGGCAUUCCUGGCCUCAAGUGAUGCCUCAUUCAUAACCGGCGCUAAUCUGGUGGUCGACGGCGGACUUGUCUAUAAUAUCGGCGCUUUUAAUACUUUAUAA